AUGUCCCAAACUCAGAAACCAAAAGUGGAUCCAGCGAAAUCCUUCGUUGCAGGUGCCCUGGCAGGCGCGAUCGAAGCCUCGAUCACGUAUCCGUUUGAGUUUGCAAAGACUCGACUGCAACUUAUUGACAAGACGUCCAAAGCAUCCAGAAAUCCAUUGGUUUUGAUAUAUAAUACGGCUAAGGCUCAAGGUAUUGGCUCUAUUUACGUUGGUUGUCCCGCAUUUAUUGUAGGUAAUACGGCUAAAGCGGGGAUCAGAUUUCUUGGGUUUGACACUAUCAAAGAUCUUUUAAGAGAUCGUGAAACUGGCGAACUCAGUGGUACUAAGGGUGUCAUUGCUGGUCUGGGAGCUGGUCUGCUGGAAAGUGUCGUUGCUGUCACCCCAUUUGAAGCUAUCAAAACCGCUCUGAUUGACGACAAGCAGGCAACCACGCCAAAGUACCAAAACAAUGGUCGUUCCAUGCUAGCAAAUUAUGCUAGACUAGUCAAGGAUGAAGGCUUUUCUGGCUUGUACAGAGGUGUGUUACCUGUUUCUAUGAGGCAGGCGGCAAACCAAGCUGUGAGACUGGGCUGUUACAAUAAAAUCAAAACUUCCAUUCAAGAAUAUACCAACUCUCCUAAAGACAAGCCGCUGUCCUCGGGUUUGACUUUUGUCGUUGGUGCAUUCAGUGGUAUUGUCACAGUGUACAGUACGAUGCCAAUCGACACCGUCAAAACGAGAAUGCAAAGUUUGGAUUCGACGAAGUAUACAUCAACAGUUAAUUGUUUUACCACGAUUUUCAAAGAGGAGGGGUUGAAGGUGUUCUGGAAGGGUGCUACUCCAAGAUUGGGUAGGUUGAUACUGAGCGGUGGUAUUGUCUUCACUAUUUAUGAGAAGGUGCUCGUUGUGCUGGGCUAA